UACUGCCGCUACUCCUGAUUAUUCUGCUAGUAAACAUUCUGGAUAACAAACUAAAACCUGUUGCUGGGUUAGGCUAUUCAUUACUUCUUUAUCUUUCACGAAGAAACUCAGACGUUUACUAUAUUAGGCGAGCAGCGUAUUUCCUUCGAAGAUGCUAUUGGUUGUUUGUCUACUAUUGCUAACAUGUUUGACAGGACAGGUUUCUGCAACUUCCGACUCGUACAGUUCAACUAGAGGCUACAAUGGAGAUGGCUUACAUCUUGGAUAUUAUCAACAGAUGCUCAAAGAUAAAGAUAUACUUUUGCCAGUAGACGACACGGUUUUUGAAACCGAUAUGAUGCCUAAUAAUACUCGUAAGCACCCAACUGUUGGUAAUGGUUAUAUUUCAACUGUGGUUUUAUCAGACACUAUAUUUAUGAAUGGUCUUUACAACGGCUUGACGCUGAAAAGCCACAGAGCACGGAUUCCAACGGUAGCUGGGAUUAAAGCCGCCAUUUCCACAAAGGACCACACAAACGACAAAUACGCAUUAAACGUGCAACAUGGUUUGUUUACGCACGUAAGCUUUGUGGAAAAUUUGGGGAGUUGUGUCGAAACAAUUUAUGCCCACCGACAACUAAAAGAAGUUCUUGUUGUUGAAAUAACCCUUGAACGAACUGGAAAUUCUAACAAAGACUUCGAAGUAAACUUAGAUUUCAACUACACUUCCAGCGAUGAUCUUAAAUCUGUGAAGGAGACCCAUAACGUACCAGGUCUAGAGAAUGUCAAAUACUUCCAUGGUGAGAACAUUGACAGUGAAGAAUAUGAUGCUAAAGAAAAGUCAGUUCACAUGCUUUACACUAAUGUUCCGUCUAAGCUAGUCCUGUCCAACGACAAAAAGAAAACUUUUUAUUUUCUCACGGCGUUAGGAACCCAGAAAGACCAAGUUAUCGAUGCAUAUGAAAAAGCAAUGGAAAUGGCCAAGAAAAAUGUCCUUAUGAAUGAACACGCCAACGCUUGGUUGGAAAUUUGGAAGAACGGUUACAUUGACGUGAGAGGAGACCAUAAUUUGGCACAGAUAACAUAUGCAGCACAAUAUUACAUUCUCAGUGCACUACCGUCAAAUGGUACCUCUGGCGAUCCAGAUUUCGUUGGUCUCUCACCGACUGGUUUGGCACAUGGAAUAAUUGAAGAUGUUGACUAUGGUGGACAUGUAUUCUGGGACCAAGACAUAUGGAUGUUCCCUCCAAUACUCAUGUUCAAUGCAGACUUGGCUAAAGUCCUUAUGAAGACCAGAACCCGUACUUUAGAUGCUGCUCGAGCAAGGGCUGCCAUGAACGGUCACAAAGGAGCUAUGUACCCAUGGGAAAGUGCGCAAACAGGUAUGGAAACAACCAACGCGCGUUGGGUGGCCCUUUACGAACAACACGUGACAGGAGACAUUGCUUUUGCCGCCCAACAGUAUCUGUACAUGACAAACGACCUAGAUUUUUUCAAGGAAGAAAGAGGAGCAGAAAUGCUUCAAAAUAUCGCAGAAUUUUGGAUACACAGGGCGGCACUCGACAAGAAGCAGAUGAAAUACAUUAUAACAGGUGUUAUGGGCCCUGAUGAAUACAAUUAUCCUGUUGAUAAUUCCAUCUAUACCAACUACAUAGCUGUCAAGAGUCUUGAAGUGGCUGUCGACUGCCUUAAACGUCUGGGUAAAGAGUCUAUAAAGACAGAGGUUUACGAAAUUGUGAAGGAUGAUAUGUACUUACCAUUUGAUUCUAAGCUGCAGUACCACCCAGAAUAUGAUGGAUAUAAGCAAGGUACUAAAGUGAAACAAGCGGAUGUCAUUCUUCUUGGUUUUCCACUGAUGAUGAAUAUGCCAAAAUCUGUAAGAUACAACGAUCUGGUCAAAUACGAAACGGUAUCCGAUGAAAAUGGCCCAGCUAUGACAUGGUCGAUGUUUUCUAUUGGUUGGUUGGAGUUGAAGAAUUCAUCACAAGGCAAUGCCAACUUUAAAAGGAAUUUCAAAAACGUUAUGGAACCUUUUAAGAUGUGGUCCGAAUAUAAUGAUGGAACUGGAGCAGUGAAUUUCCUUACUGGAAUGGGCGGCUUUCUGCAGAGUUUGACAUUUGGAUAUGGUGGUUUCAGAAUAUAUAAAGACCGUCUUGAAUUCGAUCCGCAGCUUCCAGAGGGAUCGACUAAUAUCACUCUACACAACAUUGACUAUCGUGGCGGCAGUUUCACUCUGAGUUUCAAUGCAGCGAUUAUGUCGAUAACGUUAACGAAGCCAGGAGAUAAAGAUUUUAUAUUAAGCCUUAAAGAGUCUGGGCUAGAUAUACCAUUACCGUUCGGAAAAAAGGUAGUUACUUCUAUCGAGAGGUCAGCUCUUUUUGUAAAUGACUCUUUUAACCCUGGUUAUUCAUCUUCCUGUUCGUUGAAGUCGUGUGCAAUGUUAUUAAUCGUAAGCUUUGUGUUUCCUUUUCACCUUGUUUAAAAUAGAUGAACGAAAAACUAAAAGAAAUACUAAAAGAGUGAAACGCUAUGUAUUAAAACAUUAUAGCUGGGUAAUUUUGAAUAAAAACCUUUUAAAUCUUUAAUGUUCGCAAGAGACUCACAA